AUGUGCCCGCCACCUGCUGUCGCUGCCUUCCCGGGAGUCGCGCUCACUUUCCAGGCGACCGCCGCGACCCAAGUGGAAAACAGGCACCGGGCUGGGCGCUGGCAGCCGCCGCCGCGCUGCUCGCCCCGAGGAGGACGCACAGCCAUGCCUGCGGCCCGCGCCUGGCCGCUCCGGGCGGCGCUCCUCUGCGCCCUGCUCUGCGCGCACGGCGGGCUCCCGAGCCAGGCAGGUUCCCUCGACCUGGGGCCUCUGUGUGUUUGGGACUUCAGUUACCAUCAGCCCCAGCCACCUGGGGCAAAGGCCAGGGAUGCAGGUGCAGAAGCUUUUUCCUCAUGCAGGCACGUGGCAUUGGGCAGAGUGAACCUGUGGCCCCUGGAGGGAGAGUGCAAAGAGCUGGAGCAGUGUGACAAGUGCAUUGAAGGCGAGGCUUCCCGCAACAUCACAGACUGUGUGUGGAUGCGCUGUCAGGAGUCCCCGGAGAAGCCAGGCACUGGGAGCUGUGUGAGAAAGGGAGAACCAGCCAAGGAAAAGUGUUUAUUUUUCAAUGUCACCAAAAUGUGUGAAGCACCACAAACACCCACACCCACCACGGAGCAUUCACCUACAACCACUAAAGCGCCUCCAAAGCCACAGACUAAGGAGCCGGAGAUCCACACACCAGGUAAGUGUGCCUCUACCCCCCCGCUAACCGGCACCCCCGAGUACCGCCCCCCGGGCUUCGACUCUGCCAGCUUCAUCGGAGGGAUUGUCCUGGUGCUCAGCCUCCAAGCGGUCAUAUUUUUUGUGGUGAAGUUCCUCCGAUCAAAGGACAACACCUAUCAGACGCUGUAA